AAACAAAAACGGAAAAGAAAAGAAAAUCUCAAACAAUUGUCUCUCGUCUCGCGUCUCCCCCUCCCUCCCCCGUCCAUCGAAUCGAAUCCCGCACACUCGCGCAGGCCCCUCUCUCCUUCUCCGUUUCAAAUUUCUUCUCCUCCUCCAAAAACCCUACCCGCCCCGAAUCGCCGGCUGCAGAUCCAGUACGCCGCGGAAAUCGUCCACCGUCGAGGGUUACUCACGGCAGCGCGCCAGCGGCGGCACAGUCGAGGAGGCGGUAGGGUUCGGCGCCGGCAUGGAGGCGCAGGCCACGGCGACGGUGAAGGAGGCGCUCGCGGCGCUGUACCACCACCCCGACGACACCAUCCGCGCCGCUGCCGACCGCUGGCUGCAGAAGUUUCAGCACACGCUCGACGCGUGGCAGGUAGCUGACAGCUUACUUCAUGACGAAAGCAGCAAUUUAGAGACUCUCAUGUUUUGUUCUCAGACUCUCAGAAGCAAGGUGCAAAGGGAUUUUGAGGAGUUACCGUCAGAAGCUUUUCGACCAUUGCAAGACUCUCUAUAUGGAUUGCUAAAGAAAUUUAACAAAGGACCACCAAAAGUUAGAACACAGAUUUGUAUUGCAAUUGCUGCUCUGGCUGUGCAUGUACCUGUGGAGGACUGGGGAGGUGGUGGCAUCGUGAACUGGCUAGGCGAUGAAAUGAAAUCUCAACAAGAGUUCAUUCCAAGUUUCCUUGAACUGCUUAUUAUCUUGCCACAGGAAACUUCUAGUUAUAAAAUAGCUGCUCGUCCUGAAAGGCGCAAUCAGUUUGAGAACGACCUUUGUUCAUCAGCUAAUGUUGCUCUUAGUCUAUUGACUGCUUGCUUGGGUUUUGACGAGCUAAAAGAACAGGUUUUGGAGGGUUUUGCUUCUUGGCUUCGUUUCUGUCAUGGAAUUACCGCAGCUACCCUUGCUUCACAUCCUUUGGUCCAUACGGCACUCUCUUCGUUGAACACAGAUCAAUUUCUGGAGGCAGCUGUAAAUGUUACCUCUGAGUUGAUACAUUUUACUGUAUCUCGAGAUUCUUGUGGCAUCACUGAACAGUUUCCGCUGAUCCAAAUUCUCAUCCCUCAUGUUAUGGGCCUCAAAGAGCAGCUGAAAGACUCAUCUAAGGAUGAAGAAGAUGUAAAAGCUAUUGCUCGUUUAUUUGCAGACAUGGGUGAUUCCUACGUUGACUUGAUUGCAACAGGUUCAGGCGAUGCCAUGCAAAUAGUGAAUGCACUACUGGAAGUUACUUCCCAUUCAGAAUUUGACAUAUCCUCCAUGACGUUUAAUUUCUGGCACCAUCUUAAGCGUAAUCUAACUGGGAGGGAUUCGUAUACAUCGUGUGGAUCUGAGGUGUCGAUUGAAGCUGAAAGAAAUAGAAGAAUGCAACUAUUCCGUCCUCCGUUUGAAGUUCUUGUGUCUCUGGUUAGUUCCCGAGUUGAAUACCCUGAGGACUUUCACACUUUCUCGGAGGAAGAUCGGAGAGAUUUCAGAUAUGCUAGAUAUGCGGUUAGUGACGUGCUACUUGAUGCAACUGAUGUCCUUGGAGGUGACUCGACGCUAAAAAUACUUUUCAUGAAGUUAAUUCAGGCAUGUGGAAGCGGUGCCGAACAGAACCAGAAUUGGCAACCAUUAGAGGCUGCCCUUUUCUGUAUACAAGCCAUUGCUAAAUCGCUUUCGAUUGAAGAGAAGGAAAUAUUACCGCAGGUUAUGCCACUGCUUCCAAGGUUUCCUCACCAAGAACAGUUGCUACAAACAGUUUGUUCAACCAUUGGAGCAUUUUCAAAAUGGAUUGAUGCUGCCCCAGCUGAACUGCCCAUCCUACCACCUUUGGUUGAUAUUCUCAACAAGGGCAUGAGUACAUCAGAGGAUACGGCUGCAGCUGCUUCUGUGGCAUUUAAGUAUAUAUGUGAAGACUGUAGGGGAAAGUUCUCGGGUUCAUUGGAUGGCCUUUUCCAGAUCUAUCAUGUUGCAAUAAGUGGAGUUGGUGGUUACAAAGUUUCUUCAGAGGACUCGUUGCAUUUGGUUGAAGCCUUAAGUGUGGUUAUCACGACGCUUCCGCAAGACCAUGCUAGAAGAGCCCUGGAGUUAAUCUGCAUGCCAAUAAUUAAUAGCUUGCAGGAAAUAAUCCAGCAAGGUGAAAGUGCUCUUCAACAAGUUCCUGCUCGGCAUUUAACCGUUCACAUAGACCGGUUGUCGACCAUUUUCAGCAAUGUGAAACUUCCAGAAGUAGUUGCUGAAGCUGUCAAUAGAUACUGGUCCACACUGAAGAUUAUCUUUGAUCAUCGGGCAUGGGAUACACGGACCAUGGAGUCUCUAUGCCGAUCUUGCAAAUUUGCUGUAAGGACAUGUGGGAGGUCCAUGGGAAUCACCAUUGGUGCAAUGCUUCUAGAAAUCCAAACACUAUAUCAGCAACACAAUCAAUCUUGCUUCCUUUACUUAUCCAGUGAAGUUAUUAAGAUAUUUGGGUCUGAUCCAUCUUGUGCGAGCUAUCUUACAUGUCUGAUACAGACACUCUUUAAUCAUACAAUACAACUGCUCAGAACUAUUCAAGAUUUUACAGCUAGACCCGACAUAGCUGAUGAUUGCUUUCUGCUUGCGUCAAGAUGUAUUCGUUACUGUCCUGAUCUAUUUGUACCUACAGAGAUUUUUCCAAGAUUGGUUGAUUGUGCAAUGGCUGGUGUAACUAUACAACAUAGGGAGGCCUGCAAAUCCAUACUGUGUUUCCUAUCUGACACCUUUGAUCUUGCGAAAUCACCCGAGGGGGAAAAGUACCGGGAUCUAAUAAACACAAUUGUACUCCAGCGAGGUGCAACACUUGCAAGAAUAAUGAUUGCUUCCUUAACAGGGGCGCUACCGUCUGGUCGCUUGGAGGAGGUCUCAUAUGUUCUGCUGUCCCUUAGCAGAGCUUUUGGUGGGAAUAUGUUGAAUUGGACAAGGGAUUGCAUUGCCCUUAUACCCCCACAAGCCCUAACAGAUUCAGAACGCUCAAGAUUCUUGACAAUUAUAUCCGAUGCAUCAUCGGGAUCUAGUCUUGGUUCCUUGACGGAUAGAUUCGCUGAAAUAUCAGAGGUUUGCAGACGAAACAAAGCGGUGCAGGAUAUAGUUCAAGCUGCUUUGCAGCCUCAUGACUUGGCCUUCACGGUUGCUCCGCGGCAUUCAUGAUGACUGGAUGUUUUCUUUACAAGACCAGUUGAAAGCCCGUGAUGGUGUCGGUGUGCGCCAUCUGAAUAUUUUCCCCUUUCAUACGGUUUGAGUUGCGGCAUCGAUCAUACUGUUCAGAUUUCUUUAGAGGAUAGAUAGGUCAGCCAGUAGUCAUUGUCAUUCAUUUUGUGUUUGUCUCUGUACAUGCGUCGUGCAUUUAUGUAUGUGGGAGGAAAAUUGUGUUGUAUUAUUAUCUGGAAGAGAUCAGUGGUAUACGUACUCAACUAGGAGAUCACACCGAUUGUGAUCUGCCCUGGUCCUGAAUUUUGUAAUGGCUGGCCAGCUUAACUUUGUGAAUUGAGGUGGCCACCAAUUCUUUUUAUGUAAACAUCUGCCAAAUAUUAAGUAUGUCCUUGAUGUCA